AUGUUAAAGAAUGGUUCCGAGUCUAAAUUCUGCAACUGGGCAGAAACGAUUUAUGAUAAUGUUGACCUUAAAGGCGAACUUGCAUACGCAUGCUUUUCAAAUGACUACUCAGACAAUUAUGUUGCGAUGACAUAUAACCCAUACUAUCCACCAUAUGACUCAUACCCCGCAUCCUGUUUGGCUAGAUAUGUGCUGGAUGUAUCUGGACAGCUCAAACUAUUUGUAUGGUGGAGUUAUUUGGAAACAUGGCAAGCCAUUAAUACGCAAGAACAAACAUGUGAGUCUCAUAGCGGAAAGAAGAAUGCUACUUGGAUUGUUAGCCCCAGUGGAAAUAAGGACGAUAAGAAAAUAAAGGCCAAGGAAAGUGGGAAGAAGAAAGCUACUCGGAUUAUUAUAGUAACAUCAGCGUGGCUUGCUCUUCUGUUUGUUGGCAUUACUGUUCUGCUGAGAAUUGCAAAGAGGAAAGACUCCAGCCCUUCAUUUAAGACAACAGAAGGAGAUACAUUGACACAAUACAAGCUCAGGGAUCUGCGAAGGGCAACUAAAAACUUCACACAGAAAAUUGGAAAGGGUGGUUUUAGCACUGUUUACAAAGGUGAAUUCCCCGAUUCAACUUUUAUAGCAGUCAAGAAACUUCAAGAUCAAUUACGAGAAGAAAAACAACUUAGAGCUGAACUGAACACACUGGGAUUGAUCCAACACAAAUUUCUUGUUCGCCUACUUGGCUUUUGUUUAGAAGAUUCAAAAAGAUUCAUAAUCUAUGAUUACAUGCCAAAUGGUUCUUUAGAAUCUCAUCUGUUCCAAAAGGGUUCUAAUAUAUUAGAUUGGGAAACAAGAUACAGGAUUGCUGUUGGUACUGCAAAAGGUUUAGCUUACAUACACGAAGAAUGUAGAGACUGCAUCAUACAUUGUGACAUCAAGCCAGAGAACAUUUUGUUAGAUGCUGAGUAUAAUCCACAAGUAGCUGAUUUUGGCCUGGCAAAACUUCCUGGCCGGAACUUCAGCCGGGUUCUGACUACUAUGAGAGGAACCAGAGGCUAUCUUGCUCCAGAAUGGUUUUCUGGUGGAGCUGUCACUGCAAAAGUUGAUGUAUACAGCUAUGGGCAGGUUCUUUUUGAGAUCAUUUCAGGUAGAAGGAACAUGGAUCUAUUAAAUGAUGAGCUAAACAGCUAUUUUCCAGCAAUGAUUUUGAAUGCAUUGAACAAUGGGGUGGAUCUUCUGCCUUUGGUAGAUUCCAAAUUAGAAGGUGAACUCAAUAUGGAAGAGCUAUGUAGAGCAUGCAAGGUUGCUUGUUGGUGCAUUCAAGAUGAUGAGAAAGACAGGCCAAACAUGACACAAGUGGUCCAAAUUUUGGAAGGACUUGUUGACGUAGGUAUACCUCCGAUUCCAUGGUUUUUCCAGUCCAUUGCAGAGGCAUCCAUAAAUGAAAGUGACAUAAAGGGAAGCGAGGCAUAUAGUACUUCGAGUACCCUACCUACAAGUUUUACUUUUCAACCUCCAGUAAGUAUUUUUAGAGCUGAUUUAAACUGUUGA